AUGGAUGUUGUGGAGAUGGUGAGAUACAUGUCUGUAGUGAUUGGCAGACCUGUUGAUCCAGUGAAGCUGUUUGAUAAUGGUGAAUACAUGGAUGAUAUACUCUCACAACUUCUUUGUCUCUUCUACGAUAUAAAGCUGAAGAAGCCCUGGAAGCACGAAUUUAUCACAUUUACGAUAUUAACAGCCAGGAAAUUAGGAUUCGAGGGCCAUUUUACUUUGAAUGAUUUUAGUGAACAGAGAGAACGGAGUAGAUGGGUACCCUUUCUCUCGGUUUUCGUCUCGUGGUUCGACUGUGAUUUUACAGAAGUUCUCGAGGUGGUUGAUUCAUCAAGCGAAAGUAGGAAUAUGUAUAAGGAAUUAUUGGAAUCGAAUAGAACUCGAGAGUGUGAGCUACAGCGUCUCCAAGAAGCAGAGUGUGAGAGGCGCGAGAGAAUCAAAGGUCUUGAGGCAGAAUUGUGCCGCUUCAAGUCAUGCUAUGCUGAGAAGAAUGCUAUGGCUGCAUCUAGAGAAGAUCUCUACCGAUCAUUGGUUUCUUCAUGUGAAGAGAAAAAGCAUCAGAUAGAAUCAUAUAAAGAUAAACUUCAACGCGUCAAUGAAGAUUAUGAAAGUCUACAAUAUUCAUUGAUAGACAAUUGUGAAUCAUUACCAAAAUUAAUAUCAGAAAUAGAAAUUCAGUUGGAUAAUGUUGAAUCAGAUAUUCAUGGAAGAUUUGAAGCACUGAAUAGAAUUUCGGAUCUCUCAUCAGUGCUUCAAAAAUAUUUACAUUUAAUAACUACAGAAUUUAAACCAAAAUUUGAUCAAGUGUAUGCAUUAAUGAAUAAAUUAGAUGGAAUUACAAAUGACGAGAAGGAAUAUGCAGGAAAGGUGGAUUUACUAAACAAAGAUAAUAAGAAAAUGCAGGCGGCAGUGGAAGAAGUAGAUGCACAGUUCGCUGAAUAUCACUCACAUACAGUGAGAAGGAGGUUGUUAUUGAAUAACAGGAAGAAGGCAUAUGAAUCUGAUAAUGAAGAAAGAUCAAAAAAGAUUAAUUCCUUUGAAGCUGAAGAAGAAGCUUUGGCGAAACAAUUGUCUGGUAUUACUCGAUGCAUCUCAUGCACAAUGAAACAGAUAGACGAAGAAGAGAAGGAACUUCAGGAGGUUUCAAAAUGUCAAAUAUCCUUUGAACAACUGAACAAAGUACUACUUGAUUUAAACCAAAUUGUAGAGAGAACUUCUUUUUCUUCGUCAUCUGUCUGA